AUGUCGAAAAGUCCCGGCGGAGACGGGGACCUCCCCCCGUCAUACAACGAAGCCACGACAUCGUACGAUGCACCACCAUCAUUUCGUCCCGACUCGUCGGUCUCAACAACCCUCAAUAACCUCUCUUCCCUCCUCCGCGAGACCCAGGCCCAACAGACCGCCCGCGACACCGUCACAACGACAAACCUUCUCCCACUGCUCACCCCUCACAUCACGUCGCUCCUAACCCGCCUUGGAACAACGCCCCACCCGCCGGUAUCAACAGAGCUCUAUCUCGUGCCUGCAGCAGCCGUCGGUCCAGAAUGGAUCAUCGCCUCAGACGCCGACCCGAAGUCAGGACAGGUUGCGGAAGUCAUCCGCGUGGAACCGGAGCCCGAUCCCGAUUCAAAGGCAGGGGGUGGCACGAAGCGUCAAAGCGCGGGCUCAGCCUCAGCCACGGGAAAUGCAGUCGCAGGCUCGUCAUAUGAAUUUGACGAAUGGGGCCGUUGGGACGACGACAGUCGUCACAACACAGGUUCGUCAUCGAGGGAGGGAGAAUGGUGGUGGAGCGACGAGGGCCUGGCCCGCCGUCUCGCGAAACGGCUACAGCCUGAACCGAAACUCGACCGCACCGUCGUCCGCGCCGUGGUCGAACAGGCAAAGGAAGACAAAAAAGCCGGCCGGUGGGGGCUUUUCAGGUCCGGUGCAGAGCCUUCGUCGCCUCUGUCGUCCUCUUUGAACCUACCGCUUCCUCGGCAGUUUGCAACGCCCAUGCCGCCACCGGCAAUGCCCGAAGAGAUUGUUUCCAUGACGGUGCGUGCGGAAGAAGUUACCUUUCGUCGGGAGAAUGAAAUGGGGAUAUGGGAGAGCAUGCGCGGAUUCGGAAUUGUGGCGAGGGUGAGGAUACGAAGGACGUGA